AUGGUUCAUCUCGCGUCUCUCGAGAUUGCUGGCAUUCGCUACAACUCGCCAUGGACCCAAGUGUCCAUUGUGGGCUUCGUGGCCUUUUGCUCAGUUGGUAUGUUUAGUGCCAUUAGCAACUUGGGCGCCGGUGGCACGCAAGACGUACAGCUCAGCGAUAUUGCCAACAGCGUUCUGUAUGGCAUGUUCUUCAUUGGUGGUUUCUUUGGUGGAAGUAUUAAUAAUAUCCUCGGCCCUCGAUUGACCAUGUCCAUUGGUACGACUGGCUACGCAUUGUAUCUCGGUUCGCUCUGGUGCUUCCAGCUCAACGGCACGCGAUGGUUCCUCAUUUUCGCUGGAGGCGUCUUGGGAGUUUCAGCCGCUCUCUUCUGGGCUGCUCAGGGUGCCAUAAUGAUGUCGUACCCGCUGGAAAAAGACAAGGGACGCUCCUUUACCAUUUUCUGGUCGAUUUUCCAAAUGGGUACCCUGAUUGGAGCCGCAAUUGCCCUUGGCAUCACCUUUCACAGCACACUGCCAGGUGUUUCUAAUGGCGUCUAUAUCGCCUUCAUGAUUAUCAUGUUGUGCGCCAUCGCCAUCAGUUGGCUCGUUCUUCCCCCUCGAUCCGUUGUUCGUGGAGACGGCACUAUCGUGAAAAUCUCCGAAGCUUUAACCCCCAAGCAAGAAGCCAAGGAAUUCUUUCGAAUGUUCAAGGACUGGCGCAUGAUUGCUCUAUUCCCCAUGUUCUUUUCUUCCAACUACUUCUACGCCUACCAGGGUGCUAUCACUGCUUUUCUGUUCAAUGGCCGCACACGUGCCCUGGUGGCGCUUCUGACCGGUCUUGGCUCUAUUGUUGGCUCCAUUCUCAUCGGAUUUGUCACUGACAACUUGCCCUUCAACCGACGAAAGCGUGCUCUUUGGUCCUGCGCCUUUGUCACGUUUCUGAUUUGCCUGGUAUGGGGAGCUGGUGUUGGUUUCCAGACGAAGUUUGCCCGCGACGAUGUGACGGUCGAGGGUGUAAAGAUUCCCUGGGAUUGGACCGUGGGUGUUGCUGCUGGGCCUAUUGUGCUACUGUUUGCCUACUAUGUCGUCGACGCUGCCUAUCAAGGCUUGGCUUACUACACCAUGUCUUCCAUUAGCAACGACCCCUUCAAGCUUGCUCGCAUGGCUGGCUACUACAAGGGCAUUCAGUCUGCUGGCGCCGCUGUCUCGUUUGGAAUGGAUGCCGUCAAGACUCCAUAUCUUGGUGAAGUGCUUGUAUCCUGGCUCUUGACCGUGGUGUCUCUCCCCCUUUGUGCUUUGGUCCUAUACCACACCAGCGACAGCAACUAUGAGACCGAGGGAGUUGCCCACAUCGAAGACGUUGAUGCCAAGGAUGCUGAAGGCAUCUCAGCACCACCCGACCACCAGCGCAAGGAUAGUGUGCAUGCAUGA